UAACCAAAUAAUUAACCCAUGCAUGCAAUGCGAGUCUUUUCUCCUAAUAAUUAAUGUCAUGUGUGUGUAUAUAUAUGAUGAGGGAGUCCUAGCUAAUUAUAAGAGCCAAUUAAUUAACACUACUUCUCUUUCUCUGUCUCCAUGAAACCAUCGGCGUCCAUGGACCAAAACCAAGAAAUCCAGCCUGAUAAUGCUGCAGGGACAGCGCCAUUGUCGUCCGGGGUGAAAAAAGAACAAGCUGGAGGGAGUCAGCCGCAGAACUCGGCACCGUCCAGCGAAAAAAUUCGAGAGUUGACCCAUUUUAAAGAAAUUUAUGAGGGCAUCAUGAAAGGGGACAGGGAAAAAGUACUGGCCGAGUAUGCAAAACUAAAGAGUGGCGACACUUCUGCCAGCUCAACUGUGUUCAAGGAUACCAUCCUGCACAUAGCAAUCUACAUGAGACAAGAGGACAUCGCGAGAGAGAUCCUGAAGAAAUGCAAUGAGGAGACUCUACUUAAGCCAAAUGCGAUUGGGAACACCGUUCUCCACGAGGCUUCGGAAGCCAACAUGAUGAACCUUGCCAAGGAUCUGUUAAUAUCAGCUCCAGGUUUGCUGGGUAAGGUUAACAAACACGGGGAAACAGCUCUCUUCAGAGCAGCCCACUUUGGUUGCGCUGAAAUGUUCGCUGUCCUAGCUGAUAUAGUAGCCCAGAAAGAACGGGACCAAAGAACAGCACUUGAACCUCAUUUAAAAAGACGUGAUGGAACAACCAUUCUGCAAAUUACAAUUGUCGCUGGCUUCUUUGGUCUUGCGUUGGAAAUAGCUAGAAGGUAUAAAGUUUUAGUUGAACGAGAAAUUGAAAAUAGCAGGCCAGCUGGACUUCAGCUCCUCUCAUGCAUUCCAUCAGCAUUCAAGAGCUCCACCAACUAUGGAUUAAUCAAGAGAUUCAUUUAUCACUGCGUUCCCGAUGAGGAUUUUCAAAGGGAAAAAAAGAGCCACCGACGAGAUGCUUAUGAAUUUGGAGAUGAUUAUGACUUUGGUAUGAAUACACAGGAGAAAAAAUCUGAGCACCCUAUACCGUGCUACGUCCCUAAGAUAGUAGUGAAAUUUACUUCAGAGCUAAGAAAGAUUAACGUAUCAAUUUGGGAAUGUCUUCGCAGAGGAUGGCCGAUGAUGAAAAGAAUAUAUGAAGAGAAGAGAAAGCAUGAAUCAGCUUUCGAACUCGCCAAGUUUCUAAUAAUAGAAGAUCAUGUGUCGUGGGAGGAAAGUAGUCCAAGCGAAGGCGACAAAGUGUCACCAGUGACUCCCAUGAAUUCGAGAAGUCAAGACGACGGAAAUAACCAAGAAAGAAGUCAAACUGGUUCUCCUGGGCAGGGGGAGAAGAAAGAGGGAACAGGAUCUUCUCCUAAUGAACCUGCAAAAAGCAGUGAUCAUCCCUCUACGAAGGAUAAAACCACAAAGACUGCACCUUUGCUUCUGGCAACUGCCACAGGAAUAAUAGAGAUUGUCGAGGAGAUACUUGAUGUGUAUCCCCAGGCUCUUGAGCACAUAUGUCUGGAAACGGGCAGAAACAUAUUGCAUGAGGCCAUUAGGCACCGUCAAUUGGAUAUCUUUCACCUCAUAAAGAAGAUGGAUAUACCAAUGGCCAGGCUAGUUCGACGGAUUGAUAAUUCUGGUUACACUAUCUUGCAUCAAGUUGGAGAGAUGGGGUACCACACUGGAAGUACCAACCAUCCUGGUCCAGCUUUCCAAUUGCAAGAGGAGUUGCGAUGGUUCGAGCGUGUGCGGAAGAUAACACCCCCCCACUAUGAAAUGCACCGCAGCAGCGAGAAGGUGGGGACCGCCGAAGAGUUCUUCGAAGAAUCCCAUAAAAAACUUCUCGAGGAGGCACAAGAAUGGCUGAAGCGGACCUCGGAGUCUUGCUCUACUGUUGCAGUUCUUAUCGCCACUGUCGCCUUUGCGGCUGCUUACACCGUGCCAGGAGGUUCCGACGAAAAAACUGGGACGCCAAUCCUCCUGCACGACCCUUUCUUCUUGAUUUUCACUGUCAUGGACGUUCUCUCCCUUGCGAGCUCAUUAACUUCCGUAGUCAUGUUCCUCUCUAUCCUCACCUCACCCUUACAUCUCAAGAGUUUCCGUCACUCUCUUCCUCGGAAACUCACACUCGGCUUCACCUUCCUCUUCUUCUCAGUGGCUGUGACCAUGCUUGCUUUUGCUGCAACACUUAUGCUCAUCGUUCGUUUAAAGAAGCGGUGGACUACCACGCUUAUGUAUACUGCUGCAUUCCUUCCAGUCAGUAUUUUUGCACUCUUGCAGUUCCCUCUGUAUGUUGCGUUCAAGAGUACUUGGAAGUUCUCUCUUAAACUCAUUAAGCGCAUUCUUCCUUGGCAUUGUAGGUUUAAGACCCCUAAAACCUCCUCCAUUUACAGGACCCGUUAUUAUUAGAUUCCAACUCCACAUAUGGAACCCAAAUCUGGACUCUCAUCAGCAAUACAUUUUGCAAGCUUGAUAACCUAAUGCCCUGGUUAUCUGGCUAGCUAGGAAGUAUUCCUUGCACGCAUGAUAAUUACUAUUUUGGAUAAGUACCGAACUCCAUAUAAUAUAAAUAUAACUCUCGUCAGUUAUUCAAAUCUCCACUCCCCAAAAAAGUAUUAGGCAUGGAGUACUUCCUUGAGAUGACCAGCUAGGGCAUUUACUCAUCAGGUAACUUAAUUGGAAUUUCCAAGUAUCAUGUUAUCAGGCAUGCAUGCAUGCAAACUGUGUUACUAAUUAAAAAAAAGACCGCCAUACCAUGUAAGCUGUAUUACAGCAUUUUCAUGUGCGAUCAUAUUUAAGUGUGUGAACAGUGAAGUGCAUCUACUGCUCUGAACUUAUUUCUUGAACUUAUUUCUUUAAUUAUAUAAAGGAUUUAUUUA